AUGAAGCACCAAAAGGAAGAACAUGACAUGCCUGUCAAGCUCCCUGGUACUCACCACGGCGAAGAGACUCUCUAUACAUCUCCUCGCAACCAUCGGGCAAUCGCCAGCAAUUCUGAAUCAGUACAAGACAGCGUUGUCGCCACGGAGACAAUGAGCGACUCAAUGGGUCCCUCUCACACUUCCUUCACACUCCCCGAAGAACUCCUGAAUGAUACCGACGAUCCCGGUACCAUGUUCAAUAGUACCACUACAACCAACGGUGAGAGAGACGUUGACUACGCCACUCUCUCAAGGGUCGAUGACCUCCCGGUCGACGACCUCCAUCAGCCCGACCCAAGAAGCUCAGAUGACACGCAAGAGAGCGUUCAGUCUAUCGGAGAGCAACUCAAGUCUACAUUCCAGACAACAUCAUCCACGGAGAUCAAGCAGAUCAUUAUUUGUCUCGCUCACCUUGAUCUCGCUCUUGCCAAGCAGACGCACCUUAACAACCUCCACGAGGCACACACUGCUAAGAACUUCAGGGAGCAACGUCAUCUCAACAAGGACCGCAAAUUGCGCCUCCGCGAAACCAUGAAGGAUGCAGACGCCAAAUUUGCUGCUCUUGACUCCCAGCGCAUGGGGCAGGAGAAGUCUGUCAAGGGGUGUGAGAUCCGCCUGAAUAGUCACGGUCUACAGCUACAGAACGUCAAGGACAGGGGCAAGAUGCUUGCCGAGGGUGGUGAAUGGAUGGAAGGAGGAUUGGUCAAGAUCGAGAAGCGUUGCGAAGCGCUGCAAGACGACGUCAAGGAGUUGAAAGGAGACAAUCAGCAGUUGAAGGAACAAUUCAAGGCUCUGGAAGAAGAAGUAGAAAUGCUCAGGGGAAGAGACGCUGUGUGGGAAAGAAGGUUGGCAGUGCUGGAGGGGUUGUUCGAGGAGAGAGAGGAGAACAUGAAUUGGUUCAAGAUCAGUGUGAACCAGGAGUGUGUGUUGGAUGCUGUCAGAUUUGUCCCGGGCAAUUAUCGCAUCUUCUCGGUUUUCCAUUGA